CUUUGUGAGGCAGGCUGGCGGAGGCUGGGGUCAGGGGUCAGAGUGGGUGGUGGGUCUCGGUGGACCCCCCACCCCCCUCCCCGGCACCUGGGCCGGGCCCCGCCCCCACCACUCACAUCAUGGCGAGUGUGGUGGUUAAGACGAUCUGGCAAUCUAAGGAGAUCCAUGAAGCCGGAGACCCCCCGGCAGGGGCUGAGAACCGGACUCCAUUGGGGCCUGAGGUCCCUGGGGCUGGAUCUGGCCCAGGAAAGGGGAUCACGAAGAAAAAGAAGGCUGUGUCUUUCCAUGGGGUGGAGCCCCGGAUGUCCCACGAGCCCAUGCAGUGGUGCCUGAACCUGAAGCGCUCCUCAGCCUGUACCAAUGUCUCCCUCCUCAACCUGGCAGCUGUGGAGCCUCCUGACUCUUCCAGGAUUGAAUCCACCGCUGAAGAGCUGCCAGCUCUGCCCGCCUCUGGAACGCCAUCCCCCCCGGCCCUGAGCCUGCCAUCCUCGGCUCCCACCUGGGCCCCCGACGACCCCGACAUCGCCGACCUGCUGAACGGGGUGAACAGCGGCUUGCUGCGAGCCAAGGACUCCAUCACCAGCCUCAAGGAGAAAACCACUCGGGUCAAUCAGCACGUGCAGUCGCUUCAGAGCGAGUGCUCGGUGUUGAGCGAGAACCUGGAGCGGAGGCGGCAGGAGGCCGAGGAGCUGGAGGGCUACUGCAGCCAGCUCAAGGAGAAUUGCCGGAAGGUGACCCGCUCAGUGGAAGACGCUGAGAUAAAGACAAACGUCCUGAAGCAGAACUCGGCCCUGCUGGAGGAGAAACUCCGGUUCCUCCAGCAGCAGCUGCAGGAUGAGCCCCCCAGAAGGCAGGAGGCUGAGCAGUUGGAACUGGAGCAGCAGAUGGAGACCGGACUGUCCCGUCACUCGAUGGUCUCCUCCUGCCCCACUCCGGGCCCCGAAGAGACCCUGGCCCAGGCUGAACCCGAGUCCCAGCUCCAGCCCGAGCCCCAGCUGCACCCAGAACCGGAGCUGGAGCCUGGGGCCGUCCUGGUCUCCGGGCCCACGGCCAUGCUCCUGAUGGGCAGCCCCCCGGAGCCCCCCGGACCCCGAGCCACAGCCGUCCCCGCGGAGGGGUCCGAGGCCCAGAGCGAGGGCCAGAACCAGGGCCGCCCCGGGGACAGCGGAGAACUGGAGCUUCAGAAGGUCACCGCCGGCCUGGAGGAGCUCAGGAGAGAGGUGUCCUCGCUGACGGCGCGCUGGUACCAGGAGGAGGGCGCCGUGCAAGAGGCACUUCGCUUGCUUGGAGGCCUCGGGGGGCGGCUGGACGGCUUCCUGGGCCAGUGGGAGCGGGCGCAGAGGGAGCAGGCCCAGACUGCGCGGGGCCUCCAGGAGCUGCGGGGCCGGGCGGACGAGCUCUGCACCAUGGUGGAGCGUUCGGCGGUGUCCGUGGCUUCACUGCGCGGGGAGCUGGAGGGCCUGGGGCCGGUGAAGCCCGUGCUGGAGGAGUUAGGUCGACAGCUGGGCAGCGCCCGUCGCGGCUCCGAGCUCUCCAUGACCUUGGACAGGCCGGGCUCCUGCACCCGCUGCGGCAGCCAGGGGCAGCAGCUGUCGUCCGAGUCCCUGCAGCAGCUCCUGGAGCGCGCCCUGACGCCCCUGGUGGACGAAGUGAAGCAGCGCGGCCUGGCGCCCGCGUGCCCCAGCUGCCAGCGCCUUCACAAGAAGAUCCUGGAAUUAGAGCGCCAGGCACUGGCAAAGCACGUGCGCGCCGAGGCUCUGAGCUCCACUCUGAGGCUGGCUCAAGAUGAGGCCCUCAGGGCCAAGAACCUCCUGCUGACAGACAAGAUGAAGCCUGAGGAGAAAGUGGCUGCUUUGGACUACCUGCAUCUGAAGAUGUGUUCCCUCCAUGACCAGCUCAGCAGCCUCCCCCUGGAGGGAUCAGCCACGAGCCUGGGGGGAGGGAGCAGUGGAGGAGCCCCUCCAAAACGUGGGGGGCCUGCGCCUGAGCAAUAAAACCUCAACCCCAGCUCUGCCUCCGCUCUCCUCUCUGCCCCAGGAGGAAUGCAAGACCUCGGGAAGAGCCCCCGGGGACCUCCCUUCUAUUGCAGCCACGAGCAAAGGUUGGGGCCCAGGGGAGCUUCAGAUGAGCCGGGGAUGUGGCCAAGGGUGGGACUGGGCCGAAGUCUGUUCUGUGGAUGGGCUGAGGGGGGACUUCGGGGAAUAAGAGAAGGAAAUGAAUGUAGGAAAAAAUGAGAGAGAAGACAGGCAGACGGCCACAAUGUCCUAUUGCCCACAAUGUGUCAAGAACACUCCGGCAAGUUAGAUUCUUACCCAAGACAAGAAAGGAGGAGGUUUUGUUCCAUCCCAUCACUUUACAAAUAGGGAGACUGAGGGUGGGGUUAACGAGUUCCAGAGGACCUGCUGAUCAUCUGCUAUCACCAAGAAUGGGCUCUUUGGGUGGACCCCAAAGAUGAGAACAGACUGAGGCUGAACCCAGAAAUUGGGCUUGAAUUAUGUGGAACAAAGUUGAGGUUUGGGUUGGUUGAAUUUGACUUUGAUAAACAUGGAGAUGAUGGUGAAAUUGGGAUGAAAUCUUGUCCGACGGGAUAGUUUGGACAAAACUCGGUCGGGCUGUGUUUAUGGCUGAGGCGAGGACGCUAGAUGGGUGGACGAUGUCAGAGAUGGACGGGAAGUUGGCCCACAAUAUUUUUCUUCCUUUAAGCCUCUACUGGAUUCCCGGGGCUUGUAGAGGCUGGAAUUAGGAUCCACCUCAAUCCGCCACCAUUAAGUAACAAAAUAUUUCUUACGUGGGCAACUAUGAUGCAAGUCUACCGACACACUAGAGAAGUGAAGGCUAACCUUCGCCACAGAGAUUUCCAUCAACUAGGGCUAUUUCCUGAAGGAUACAGCUUCCGCUGUUCCCGUGAAUUUGUCCAACGUUAUGUCUGUCUAGGAUAGACGGUGCAAGGGAAAAUGUGGGGUCCAGUAUAGAACGGGAGGUGGAAAGCAGGAAGGAUUGCCUUUAGAAAGUUGCUCUUCAUCAUCCCUAACUUCCAUUGGUAUCAAGAGUCUGUCUUUAAUAGCGUUCUGCCCACAUCGUCGUAUGGCAGUGAAAUAUGAAAUGAACCAGUCUCUGAAGAAUUAGAAAUGAUUAUAAAAAUGAUUAAUGAUUAUUGGCGGAUGAGUGUGGGAAGUCUGAAAGA